CGCGCUUGCUGGCUGUUGAAGGAGCGCGCUCCCUGCCUCGCGCCCGCUCCCUCUCUUGCUUACUAUACACAUACACAGAGCGCGAGAACUAAUGGUGGGAUCGGAGCGAAGCGCAUUCGACUCUACACGGGCUCGCUUAGCGGCGGCUACUUUGUGAUUCAAAUAACACCGCCGAGGAGGGAGGAAAACCCAAAAACAGCCUAUCUGUAUGAGCGGGGGACACGAAAACGCAGUAUGGUCCGGGAAACCAGGCACCUUUGGGUGGGGAAUUUACCCGAAAAUGUUCGAGAGGAGAAAAUUAUUGAACAUUUCAAACGGUAUGGACGCGUGGAAAGUGUCAAAAUCCUCCCCAAGCGAGGCUCAGAGGGAGGCGUGGCAGCUUUUGUGGAUUUUGUGGACAUCAAAAGUGCUCAGAAGGCACACAAUUCUGUCAACAAAAUGGGAGAUAGAGACCUGCGGACGGAUUACAAUGAGCCAGGCACCAUUCCAACUGCAGCCCGGGGCUUGGAUGAUACAGUUUCCAUAGGAUCUCGUAGUAGAGAGGUUUCUGGGUUCAGAGGAGGUAGUGGAGGGCCAGCCUAUGGCCCCCCAACAUCUCUCCAUGGCCGAGAGGGACGCUAUGAGCGAAGACUUGAUGGGGCUUCCGAAACCAGGGAGCGUGCUUAUGAACACAGUGCCUAUGGACACCACGAGAGGGGAACUGCUAGCUUUGAACGAACACGGCAUUACGAUCAGGAUUAUUACAGAGAUCCUCAGGAACGAACUCUUCAGCACCGUGGAGGUGGGGGAAGCAGUGGUGGAUCUGGAAGUGGAAGUGGGGGUGGUGGAAGCAGCAGUUCUGGAGCUGGAGUAUACUAUGGCUCCCGAAGUCGAAGCCCUAGCCGCUUUGAGACACCUGAAUCUCGAUAUGAGCCCCGUGCUCGGGAACCUUUCACUCUUUCCAGUGUAGUACACAGAGACUUGUAUCGGGAUGAGCUAAGUCGCGAAGUGCGUGGACGUAGGACAGAACGGAGUUACCAACACAGUCGGAGCAGGUCCCCGCAUUCUUCACAGUCUCGAAACCCUUCUCCACAGCGUCUUGCCAGCCAGGCUGCACGGCCACCUCGCUCUCCCAGCGGCAGUGGUUCUCGUAGCCGCUCCUCCAGUUCCAAUUCAGUCAGCAGCAGCAGUAGCACCAGCAGUGACAGUAGUGAUUCCAGCAGCAGCUCAAGCGAUGAGUCACCGGCUCGUUCAGUGUUGUCUGCAGCAGUUCCAGCCCCACCUGUUCAACCACCUCCAGCCAUCGACAAAGAUGAGCCUCGAAAAAGUUUUGGCAUCAAGGUGCAAAAUCUUCCUGUCAGAUCCACAGAUACAAGCUUAAAAGAUGGACUUUUCCAUGAGUUUAAAAAAUAUGGGAAAGUGACAUCAGUACAGAUCCAUGGUGCCUCAGAAGAGCGAUAUGGCUUAGUCUUUUUUCGACAGCAAGAGGAUCAAGAGAAAGCCCUCAAUGCUUCCAAAGGAAAGCUCUUCUUUGGCAUGCAGAUUGAGGUUACAGCAUGGAUUGGACCUGAAACUGAGAGUGAGAAUGAAUUUCGGCCACUGGAUGAGAGAAUAGAUGAAUUUCAUCCAAAAGCCACCAGAACGUUAUUCAUUGGCAACUUAGAAAAAACUACAAGUUAUCAUGAUUUGCUCAACAUUUUUCAACGUUUUGGAGAGAUUGUGGAUAUUGACAUUAAGAAGGUAAACGGUGCUCCUCAGUAUGCCUUCCUUCAGUACUGUGACAUUGCCAGUGUCUGUAAAGCAAUCAAGAAGAUGGACGGUGAAUACCUAGGGAACAACAGACUCAAGCUUGGCUUUGGAAAGAGCAUGCCUACUACAUGUGUGUGGCUGGAUGGACUGGGCUCCAAUAUUACAGAGCAAUACCUCACAAGACACUUCUGUCGUUAUGGACAUGUGGUUAAAGUUGUGUUCGACAGACUGAAGGGGAUGGCUCUUAUUCUAUACAACAAUAUUGAAUAUGCACAAGCAGCAGUCAAAGAAACCAAAGGCUGGAAGAUUGGAGGCAACAAAAUCAAGGUUGAUUUUGCAAACCAAGAAAGUCAGAUGGCAUUCUAUCGCUCAAUGCAAGCUUCAGGACAGGACAUCAGAGACUUUUAUGAAAUACUAUCAGAAAGAAGAGAUGAGCGGCGACAACCUUACCAUGAGUAUUCUGCAGAGCGUGCUUACUAUGAAAAUGUUAGAACACCUGGCACUUACGCUGAGGACCCUCGAAGAGAAUAUCCUGCUCGCAGCAGAGAGUUCUAUGCAGACUGGGAUCCCUACCAAGGAGAUUACUAUGACCCUCGAUACUAUGAUGACCCAAGGGAAUACAGAGAUUACCGAGACCCUUAUGAGCAAGACAUACGCAAAUACAGUUAUCUGCAGCGUGAACGAGAAAGAGAACGUGAGCGGUUUGAAACCGACAGAGAAAGAGACCACAGUCGUAGGACUAUUGAACGCAGCCAGAGCCCCAGCCAUCCUAGACGGACUUCCAGUCCUGCUGCUUCCCCUUCACCAUCAGAAAGAUUGCCAAGUGAUUCAGAACGCCGCAUUUAUAGUCGGUCUUCUGAGCGCAGCGGUAGCUGCAGUUCACUGUCUCCACCACGUUAUGAGAAACCAGACAAGUCAAGAACAGACCGCUAUGUUAAGAAUGAUAAAUCUGAAAAGGAUCGGCCCUUUGAAACUGAAAGAGGGGAAAAAGAGAAGCGUGCUACCAGGAAAGAUAAAGGUGAAAAAGAAAAAGUGGAGAAAAUAAAGUUCCGGAAAGUAAAAGCUCCAUCUCCAAGUAUUGCUUCUUCUGAAACUGAACCAGAACCAGAUAGAGAACCUAGUCCAGAUGCUGCUUUACGAGGGAAAGUCAAGCCUUUGCCUAGAGACAAAGAUGGUUCCAGUAAGAGUCGCCUGGAUCUGCUUCCAUGUGUAGUAUUGAAUCGUGUACGAGAAAAAGAGGGGAAAGUCCUAGAACCGCCUACAUUGGAGAAACAAAGGUUGAAAGUGGACAAUGAUAAUGUAAAAUCGCCGCCGCCUCCUCCUCCUCCUCCUCCUCCACCCCCUCCAGAUCCAAAGGCUCCCUUAAUUCGUGUGGAACAGAACAAAGCAGAGUUACCAAAAUUGGAACCUUUUCGGACAAAAGUAACAAAGGAUAAGGUUCUGGCCAGUCAUGUUGAAGUUGUAGAAAAAGAAGCUAAAAUAAAGCCCAAAAAGCAUCUUAAAGCUGAACCUGCCGCAGAAGGGACAAACUCAAUGGAUAUAGAUAGACUUGAGGCACGAAAAAGACGAUUUGCAGAUUCUAGUCUGAAAUCGGAGAGACAGCAGAAAAAGUGCUCUCAAGAUGAUGAAGAUAUUCGGUUGGGGUUGAAGAAGCUCUCUGAUGGCAAUGCAGUAGGAAAGGAUGGGGAAGGGGAAAGAAAGAGAAAGGACCUCCACAAAAGGGAACACAGGAAAACAAAGCCUGAAAGACUAGUGACUGUUUCUAGUCCUAAAGAAGGACAAGAGACAGGAAGCAUUUCUGUCGGUAUUGAUCUUGGUGUUAAUAUGGAGUUACAGGCAGUGGAACACUUAGAUCAGUUAGACUUUGCUUCUAGAAAAGCUGUAGUUGUAGGAGUAAAAAUGCAUCACAGAGGAAGUCUGUCAAGGAUAUUUUCUGAUGGGCCUGAAGCCGAAGAUGAUCUUCCAGAUAAGGAAAUGCAAGCUUUUCAAGAAGAUUUGGGUGAUCGUGCCAUGGGCCUAGACAAAAAUAUUGAAGGGGAGGAUAGACUGGGAAUAGAUAUUGACCAUUCCCAAAGUUACCGAAAACAAAUGGAACAGAGUCGCAGACUUCGGCAGCAGCAGCUACAGGAGGUUGAGGCAACAAAACAAGAAAAGCUUGAUAGCCCUAAGGCAGAUGUGGAGGAUUCUGAAAGGCGUAGUUUAGUUCACGAGGUCGGCAAACCACCUCAGGAUGUAACUGAUGACUCUCCACCUAGCAAACGGAAAAAGAUGGAGCAAUUUGAUUUUGAAAUAAGCUCAAAAAGAGAAGCCCGAAAUUACAGGAGUUCACGACAGCUAAGUGAAGAUUCUGAAAGAAAUAUGACCUCCCCAUCACUUUUGAGACCUUUUGGUUUCCACGAAGAGGAGGAUUCUGCUGACUCACCUAGGAUAAUCUCUUUAAAGGAGCAUAAGGAGUCUCCUAAAGCAGAGGAAAAGCUUUUCUCUCAUCUGGACUUAAUCAAAUACAAUCCUUUUGAGUCUGGUAGAAGAGAACCGGCUGACCUUCAUAAAUUAAAAGUAUUAAGCUGUGAAGAGGAUCUUCAGAGAUGGGAGAGUCCCAUUAAACAAGAUUCUCUUCCCCUUGAUGUCCCAUUUUCUAGUAACCUUGAAAAACGAAAAGUAAUCCGCAAACGCCCUGUUCGUGAAUUAGAACCUGGUGAGGUACCGUCUGACUCUGAUGAGGAUGUAGAUAGUAAAUUGCAUUCCCCAAAGCCUUCCACCUCCCUAGAAAGCAGUAGACUUUCUUACUUUCUGGGAGAUCGUGAAGAAAGACUUUCUGAUCUUAAGCUUUCAAGUUCUUUGGAAAGAAACAGAUUUUAUUCAUUUGCCCUAGAUCAGACAAUCACACCAGAUACUAAGGCAUUGUUAGAAAGAGCAAAGUCUUUGUCAUCAUCUCGUGAGGAGAACUGGUCCUUUUUAGACCGUGAUUCUAGAUUUGCUAGCUUCCGCAAUAGCAAAGACAAAGAGAAAGUAGAAUCUGCACCUCGACCCAUUCCUCCCUGGUAUAUGAAAAAGAAAAAGAUUCGCACCGAUUCGGAAGGAAAGGUGGAUGAUAAGAAGGAAGAGCCAAAAGUAGAAGAGCAGGAGAAACAAGAAUUGUUCGCUUCCCGCUUUUUGCAUAGUUCAAUUUUUGAGCAAGAUUCCCGCCGACUACAGCAUCUGGAGCGUAAAGAUGAUGAAUCUGAUUUGAGUGUUGGGAGACUUUAUGGUAGGCAGGUCUCAGUUGAGGGCCCUCAUGGUACUGGUGAUUUGUUACAGGAGCCAGUUGUGCUAUUUCAUAGUCGAUUCAUGGAGCUCACACGGAUGCAACAGAAAGAGAGGGAAAAACAACCAUCACGUGAAACACAGAAGGUGGAUGUUGAAUUAGCACACAAUGAGAGGCAUGAAAGUGAACAAUCCAAGACACACGAUGUAGCUCCAGAGCCUGAUAUCAAGCCUGUCACACCUGUAAGCCCAACUCCUACCUUGCCAGCCCUGAUUGAGCCUCCACAUCAGGAAAAAGUAACAAUGGACACUCCAGUUACAGAGCUUCAGCCUAUUGCAGUAAAAGACGAAGCAACUGAAGCAACAUCUCAGAAGUGUAGUCCACAUCAUAAUGAGCUACACAUGCCUGUUCCGUGCACAGUGGAUUCUUCAGAACCUUUAAUGUUAGAAAAGGAAUCAAAAGUGGAAUCCAAGGAAGAAUCAGCUGAUUCAAGAACCCCAGCAGAAGAGACUGUAGGACAUCCUUCAUACUUGGACACAAAGCCACCUACUCCUGGUGCUUCCUUCUCACAGUCAGAGGACACUGCAGGUACGGAACCUGAGGGUCCUGUGUUUUGUGAUGAUGUAUCUCCAAAACCAGAGGAAAAAUCUGAGGGAGUAAAGGAUGAGGUUCAGGAACCAGAGCCAGAUCUAGAAAGUGAGAUACCAAAAAGUGUAGAUGAAAUUUCUGGAGUACAGACUCAGAUUUCUGACAAUGAAGUUGAGGCUGAGGCUGAGACUGAACCCGUGCUCCCGACUAGGAAACAGCCUAAGAACAAGCGAGCUAAAACUGUACCUGCUGUUGCCCAAGUACUGUCUGUUUCAGUAGGUGCUACAGAAAAACCAGCCACACGAAAAAGUGAACGUAUUGAUCGAGAGAAACUAAAACGUGCAUAUUCACCUCGAGGCGACACUCCUAAAGCAAUUACAGAUUCAAAAGCAACUUCCAAAUCUCCAAGCCAUGCAACAGACAUUGAGAAUUAUGAGAACAGUACACCACCAGUAAGAGCUAGACGGAGGCGUAAUGUGCGUUCUAUUUAUGCCACUGUUGUUGACGAUGAGCCACCACAACCAACAGUAAAAGAUCUUACAGAGUCUCCUCGUACAACACGGAAAAGAGGGGUUGAGAAAGAACCACAACAUGACACCUUGACCACUCCUACCACUCCCCGCCGUGGUCGACCACCCAAAACUCGUAGAAGGGGAGAGGAUGUCUCUCCCUUGAAGGUGGAUCAGUUUAAGUCGGAACCAGAAGAGUCUGAAAGCAAAGAGGUGAGUGAGGCACCAAAGGCUGAAGGUUGGAGAUCACCUCGGUCACAAAAAUCUGCUGCCAGCCAAUCUUCUCCACCCAUGAGUCAUGGAAGGAAAGGUGGUAAAGCAGAAAACAAGCUGCCAGAAAUUCACAUCAAGCACAUUGAGGAAGAAAGUGUCAAGAGUCCGGAUCAAGAAUCCACAAAUAACAAAUCUGAAGAAGAAAUUCAUGAUGGGGAUAACAUCAAGGAAGGAGAAGCAAAACCAAAAGAAGACAAGGAUAAAGAGGUAGACAAUGAAACUAGUGCAACAGAAAACAUGGAAAAAAUGGAUACAUCUUUGGAAAAGCGCACAUCAGUUGAUAAGAAUACUAAAAUAAAAGGAAGACUUACAAGGAACACCAAGACUUUAACAGAAGAUAAGUCUUUGAGUUUGAAAAAUCUUGAAAUACGUUUGAGUGUGGAUGAUGUAAAAGGAGUUCUGCGAUCCAGUGAGGAGGAACAGGAAGCCCCAGAAGCCUCACAUAAAAAGACUAAGCCUGCCUCCUUGAAGGAUGAGAGUAUCAUUCCAGCUUUCAAAGAGGUAUCGGAGUUAAGCCCAGAAAAGGAGGCGGAGUCAGAUUCAGAGCCCACUACUGACCCAGCUCCAGCUCUGCUUGCACGUCAGAUGGAACUUGAGCAAGCUGUGAAGAACAUUGCUAAGUUAACUGAAGAGCCUACUUUACCCACUUACAAAGUCCCUCCAUCUGAGGAUUCAGAGAUACAACCAAUGGUAGAGGAGACAGAAGGAGAUGAAGUAGUAAAACGAGCAAACCCCUCAAGUGAAACAGAACUGGCAGCUGCCAUUGAUUCGAUAACAGCUGAAGAUAUUUCUGCUGAUGCAGAUGGCUUCUCUGCUUCAACUGGAUACACCACUAUUAUACCAUCAGAUCAGUUAGAUGUACCAAGUAGUGCUGAUAAUAUAGAGCCAGAGUCAAACUUAACGUUUAACAAUGAGAUAGUGGCAGAUCCUGAACUGGGAAACCUUCAUCCUGAAGUGAAAAAUGUGGAGCCUUCAGCAGAAGAUGGUGCGCAAGAAGGGUCUCCUCCUGCACUAGGGCCCUCUGAAGCUCAGCGAAAAUUAAAAGGCAGGCAAAGACCUCGAAAAAACAAAGUGCGAAAAGGUAGCACCACCAAAAAAGGGGAAGUUGCAGAUGGAAACCUGUCUGAAUCUGAGCCCAUCUCCUCUGCAAAAUACACUGAGCCUAUGCCUGAGGAGACCACUGUGGCUACUCAAAAGCCCCCUGUUACUGCUACUAAUAAUAGAGAAUUUCUCAGGCAAACUGAAAGUGCUCCUGAACAAGCAAAAAAAAUAUUGUUUGAUGCGGAGGUAAAACAACCCUCUUACCAGAAGAGCAAAGGUCAUGGGGUGUUCAAGCAUCGUGAUUCAGGCGAACCUGUCAUUCCCUCUCCUUCCCCUUCCCCACCUGGACUGACAGUUCCACUUCCUCAGUCAACAAAACUGCCCUCGUCUCCGCAGACUGCAGCACCAGAAUGGCUGAAUCACUCUGAGGAUCAACGGGCUCUUUCUAGCCCUCCUCCUCCUCCUCCUCAAGGAGGUGAUGGUCCUAUGGCUGCCCCUGCACCUCCACCUCCUUUGCCCCCUGAUACCAAAGCCUCUGAUAUAGAUUCCAGUUCCAGCACAUUACGUAAAAUCCUUAUGGAACCCAAAUAUGUAUCUGCUGCUUCAAGUGGAGUAUCGAGCACAGUGCUGACUAAUGCAGUAAGUGAACCAGUCAGUGCUCCUCGAGUCAUUGAAGGGGAUGUGGAGACCAAUAAGUCUCCAAUGACAGAAGAUAAGAUGCCGACUCCAGUGACAACAGAAUCUCAGCCUUGUAAUGACCCACAGAUUAGCUCUGCAGUUACAACCAAGGCCACCUCAGUUAUUAGUCGAAUGUCCCUCCCUUUUGAUGCAGAUGAUCCUCCAAGAAUCACUCUUGGAAACAGGCCACCAAUGACCAUGCCCAAGCAGAAGUACUGGGUUAACUUAAGUGUAAACAACCGCUACCAAACGAUAUCCACGGGAGCAGUAGCAUGUGAGGAAACCCAACCAAUGGAGACUGCCCCAGUGAGCACUGGUUCUGGUUCUGGGCUCAGAGUGAAUACUUCUCAAGGUGUGGUGGUGCUUAGUUAUUCUGGACAAAAGACUGAGGGCCCUCAGAGAGUUACUGCCAAAAUUAGUCAGAUUCCACCAGCCAGUGCCGCAGACAUGGAGUUUCAACCUUCUGUCUCAAAAUCGCAAGUAAAGCAGGAGCCAGUAACGCCUUCCCAUUUUCCUGCUCCUAAGAGCUCACAGACGUCUGCGGGAUAUGGAUCGCCUUCUGUUGGGAUACAUACUGGACAACCUUACAACACUCAACCAGUCAUCUCUACCAUUAAGCAAGAGGCCUCCGGGGCAUCAUUAGAUAAGCAGGACCAAGCCUAUCAUUCUGGUAUUAUUCCUGCAGCUGUCAAGAUAAUGAGACCCACUGGGGGCAACCCACAAGUUCUUGUUUAUAAUCCGUUAAUGAUGCACCAGCUUUCAAGCAAGAAAGGAGCAACUGAACCUGUUUCUCUGAAAGUAGAUGCAGGGAAACCAGCUCAGCCUUCAAACCUCAGUCCUGGCCUUAGCCCUCACCAUCCAUCUCUCACUGGUAACCAUGUAGGAUCUGGUGCUAGUACCCCCACAGAACGUGUUAUUCCCCUGCUCAGUGGAGUUAAACAAGAACCAAAUUCACCUCGUACAUGUGGGCAUUCAUCUUCUUCGUACCCAAAAGUAUGCCAGCCUAGCAGCAGUACUCCUGCAUCCUCAAUGGUUUUGGGUGGUGGGAUGUAUGUGUCUAAUGUACACCAUCCGGAGCAGUCCGUAAUCAUGCCCCCUCAUAGUGUGUCACAGACUGUCACAAUGGGCCAUUUGUCACAGGGAGAUGUCAGAUUGAAUACGCCUCCGCUUCCUGGUAUGUCCUAUGGCAUUCGAAAAGAGUCUAUGUCUUCUCCUCGGUCAGGUAUGCAGCCUCAGAGGUCCAGCACCCCACAGCCUACUGGAUUAAGGGACAUGGUCCUACAGCCUUUAAACCCCGAUGAUGAUGUGAUCUACCCUCAAGGUAUUCGCAGACCAUCCUUGCAGCCUGAUGUGAUGGUAAUGCAGUCCGAUUACCGCAUGCACCCUAGCCAUAUUCAGUAUAGCAUGGCUCCACAGGAUCUCCUGUUGUCCCGUGAUGUUCGCAUGAGGAUGCACCAUCCGGUAGGGGAGCAUCACCAAGGUGACAGCAGGCAAACACGGACUCCUGAAUCUACUUCCAAGACUCCACCUACUAGUAAAACACCCCAGCCUGGCAAAGAAACACCUAAGCCUGCUGACGUCAAAAUGGCACAGUCUCCACAUAAUGAAAGGAUAAUGAGCGUCUCUUCUAGUCUGCCUCCACUAUCCCAACCUGUUGUAGUGUCGCAUGGAGUUCAGUUAAUGCACUCUUCUUCAGGCUCUUUUCAUGACUACCCUUCAGUUUACCGGGACAUGAGAAACUUUCAGCUGUCUCACCCACAGUUCCCUGGAUCCUCAACUAUUGGGAUGAACUUGCCACCAAGAAGCAUCACCCCAUCACAGGGCCUUUCUGAAGGAGAGCAUGGACACCCAAACCAGCCAGUUAAAAGCAAGACUCCACAAGUAUCUGGGGAAUCCAAAGGAUCCGGUGUUUCUGAUGUAGGCCACCUGAGACAUGUGCCAGUAGAGACUGCCAUGACUCACCUUCAAAGGGUGCAGAGUGAAGCAAGCUCUCCUUCCUAUCCCUCACCUGUUGCAAUCUCCCUAAAGCAUGAUCUACCACCAACUCCUGUCCAGAAGCAGCCAUCGCAGCAACAGCAGGUUUUUCUCGGAUCAGCAUCAACAACUAUGGCACCAUCGCUUCUGCAUAGUCCAUCCGCACCCCCUCGUGCAGAUGCACAGCCUCUAGGCAAACAGGAGCACUCUCACCGACCAGUUGAUAUGGUGCAGCUACUAACAAAGUAUCCCAUCGUCUGGCAAGGCUUGCUAGCCCUGAAGAAUGACACAGCUGCUGUCCAACUGCACUUUGUUUCAGGGAACAAUGUGCUAGCCCACCGUUCUCUUCCAGCACCUGAGGGGGGCCCUCCAUUGCGCAUUGCUCAAAGGAUGAGACUGGAAGCCUCUCAGCUGGAGGGUGUGGCCCGCAGAAUGAUGGUUGAAAGUGAUUACUGCCUCCUGCUGGCACUGCCUUGUGGGAGAGACCAGGAAGAUGUACUCAAUCAGACAGAGUCUUUGAAAGCUGCCUUCAUCAGCUACCUACAGGCAAAGCAAGCUGCUGGGAUUAUAAAUGUCCCUAAUCCUGGCUCCAACCAGCCUGCCUACGUUCUGCAGAUUUUCCCACCCUGUGAGUUUUCUGAAAGCCACUUGUCCCGACUGGCCCCAGAUUUGCUUGCCAGCAUUUCAAGUAUCUCACCACAUCUAAUGAUUGUUAUCGCUUCAGUCUGAGAGUGCCUGACCACCUUCUUGCUUCAAAGUUGGGUUCACCUGAGGGCGCAUUCUGCCUCCACCAGCAUUUAAUCUCGUAGGAGGAUGUGCAGAAUGGACAUUACACAUUUGCGGAUACUGCAAGUCUGUUCCUCUGAUAGGUGGGGAUUUUCAAGCUUGUGUGUUUCUCUUCUCACACACAGCAAGCAUCUCUCUGAUGAAGAAGCAUUUCUUGGAUUGUAAGGUUUUUUUUGGUUUUUUUUUCCCUCCCUAUUAAGGAUAAGCUCUACCAUUGCACUAUUUGCGAAGCAUGGACCUGGUACAGAUGGAUGUCGAAGUGUGCGUGUACACACAUGAGAGAUUAUGUAUUUAGCGAUAUCAGGACACCUCACACACAGGAUUUUACAAAUAAAAUGGAGGCAGGACAUGGGAAAACCUUGCCACCAGAAAUCUGUUCACCACUACUGCUCUUUUGAAUUCUUCAGUUCCUUUCCUGCCUUUUGUCCUUCUGGCCAAUGGAUUGGCAUCAGAAACUUAGGAUGUACAGUUUACAGACCCUGAAGGGACCUUCAUCACAUAUAUAUAUAUAUAUAUAUAUAUUUAUAUAUAUAUAUAUUUUUUUCUUUUCCCUAUUGUUUUACCUUCCUCUACUCUCCAUUUGGAAUGAGGUGUGAGGAAGAAACAGGACCUUGUAAAUAUUAUAAAUAUUUAAAACAUUAAAAAGAAGGGACUAAGAGGGGAAAAAAAGAAAACCCACACAUGACUUUUUUUAAUCUGUGCCAAAACGUCUUUUCAGAGAGAAUCUUAUUUUCAUACUUAGACUUUGUAUUUGUCAUUCAUCCGUAAGUGCGCUUCAUUUUAACAUUGCCUUUAUUUUUUUUUUUCUUCCCCCAUAUUUCCUUUUUCAGAGUGAGUUUUUUUUCUUUUUUCCCCCCUUUUCCUCCUCCUUGCAAUGUAAAGAUGUUGUUCUGUAUGUCUCGUUAAUUUAUGGAACUUUUUUUUUUUUCCAGAGGGGAAAAAAAAAGAAAAAAUGUGUUUCUUCAACCCCCCACCCCAAAGCCCUUAGUUACCCACUGGCCAUUUGUUUCCUUGUAGACUCUUGCCUAACAAUUGAGAGGGCAGCUGGAAUUUGCACAGUCUGCAGUUUAUUGGAAAGAACAAUCAUGGGACCUGCAGGCCUAGAACCACCGAAAAUUCUCAGCAAACUGAGCCAGCAAGGAUAUACUGUUCAGAGAUGGUCAACUGGUCCCCUCGUGUCUUUCUAAGUCAAAUGUACAUAGUAACUUUGAAUUCCGUGGGUUUUUUUUUCUUGUAUUACAUUUUUGGUCAUAUAACUUGUAAAAAAGGAAAAAACCCAACAAACUUGAACUGUGUAUUGGUUUUGUGGUGUAAAUAUUUGUAAAACUUCAGACUGAUGAUUCUUUCAUGGUAAUGUUGAAGGCACUUAUAAUUUUGAUACACAGAAUAAAAACAAAAAAUACAGAAAGAAAUCUUAAAACAGUGA